AUGUUGGAUAUAAUUGCAAGACUUCCACCAAAAAAUGUUGCUCAAUGUAAGCUUGUCUGCAAGGAGUGGUUAGAUUUCAUUUUAGAUCGUAAGUUUGUAAGGGCUCAUUGUCAUUACAUGCGUGCAUCGGCUGAUCAAAAAUUGUUGAUGGUUGGUUGGAAGACUAUCGAAGUACAUUCCUUAAAUUAUAAGUCCCCGGGAUUUAUUGUACCAAGAGGUGUUGCCCGCCCGUUCUAUGCUCAUCCUUCUAGAAUGUUUUUUUUGGCAAGUUUGGAUGGUAUGUUGUGUGUUUGUCUGCAAAACACUUGUGAGUUGGUUGUUUGGAAUCCAUUGACGACUAAGUUCAAGAAGUUGGCAAAUUCUAAUUCGCAAGGUUUCUACAAAGUUGAUAGAGAUGCUCUAGGAUUUUUUGUUGACUCUUCUGAUGAUUACAACAUUUUACAUAUUAAACGUAGACGAGGUACAAUGACCGUUUAUAUUUAUUCGAUGGAGUUGAAUUCAUGGAGUACUGUACGCUUCCUAAAACACCGUCCGUACCACCAUUAUACGUACCUUUGGUCGCCAGCAACUUUGUGUGGUGGUGGUUUGUAUUUUGUCGUUACCCAAUGUCGUGGUCGUUCAGAUGGAUUGUCGGUUAUUCGUUUUGAUGUGAAUUCAAAGUCGUUUUCUGAAUUGUGUUUCCCCAAUGUAUAUGAUGAUGAAGUUAGUGGAAGUUUAGUUAACAUAAACGAGGAGCUUCAUAUGUAUGUUUGUAUCGGAAACUAUGACUAUAGACGAGAAAUUGUAUUGUGGAGGCUUAAAAAUAAAAGUUGGAUGAAGGUUUUUGCAUAUCCUGAUAAGUUGUGGAUGCCAUUAUCAACUAUGUGUUCUUUCACAUAUUACAAUUUGCCAGGGACAUGUCUUGUGAUAACGAAUUUUGGACAAGUGAUUGAAAUUGAUUUGCAACGGGAUCAUCUAGGUUAUUUCUGCCGUAUGUUUUUCUAUAGGCAAAUGCAUGGUGCGGUUUACACAGAGACCAUAGCUUCCCCGAAUUAUUAG